CUUCCUUGCAUCUUAUCCGACACUUUUCCCUAACCAUCUACCUCAUCUCACAUGCGUCUUCCGUCGUCUAGCAACUACAAUGAAUACCUCGUAUAUCCUGAGGAUUCAGAAUCCUUUAAACGAGAAACCGAGCUCCCAUCGAAGCUCGAUUUUAUGGAUGGUUUAAGAACUUUCGAGUCCGAGUCAUUCACAGCACCAACGGUGCUGUGGUCUUCUGAUGACCUCGAUCCUCACCUCGAGGACACGGACGAUGCAACAUAUAUCGAGAAUCUGGCUAUCCACCAUUUGCAAGCAUCUAACGCUGCCCGAUAUCGAUAUCCAGGAUCAUCUGCAACUGGAGACUUCUUAGGUUUACCGCAGUUGAGCCCUGAUGAAUCACCGUUCAGUGUCGCGUCGAGCAGGUCCCCCUUGACUCCACAAGGCGGCGCCCUUCUCCCUGACCCCUUCUGUGGUCCGUUGGAAGACUUUGUGCCUCUCGAUGUCGCAACGCAGUGCACUCCGUUUUUUGAGGAAGAAGGAUUUAUGGAAGACUCAGCUUAUCCUGAACAAUUACAAGAAGAUCUUGCCUGCCGGGAGGUCUUGGAUAUGCCUUCUCCAGUAUCAUCCUUAAAGAAUCUCUCUCAGCCGAAGCUCGUGCUUUCAGUUGACGAUGCUGAGCUGGCGCAUGACUCGUCGUCUAUCUCGCCAGACUCUAAUCCUGCGGAGCGAUCUCGUUUCCUAAGAUUAACAGAGGGCUUGACGGAGAACGUUACAUCACAAGUGCAAAUCUGCAUUUCUCCAAGCUCAGCCCCCUGUCCGCUCCGUACUAACGUACAGCAUCCGAGUCAGCUCUCGUCGCCUUCCGACCCAAGUCAUGUUGGUAUUAAACCGGCUGACGUUUGUCGAGGAGCCAAGCGCCGGCGGACCGACGAUGACGAUGACGAUGACGAUUACCAACCCAAUCGCAUCCAUAAACGGGCAGCCUCCAAGGUUCGGAAAGUCAGUUAUAGUUCCUCAAGAGUGACAAGGCACGAAGGAGCCAAGGAAGAGCGAUUUGACUGUUUGAUGAAAAUUCAUGGCUGCAAGAAGUCUUUUACGCGUCGAAACGACAUGGAGAGGCACUUGGGGAGUUGCAAGUUUAGCUCAGGCCUGCCUUCGAUGACAGUCAAAUGCCCUCAUUGCCAGAAAUUCCUGUCCCGUAAAGAUGCACUUCUGCGCCACAUUAACCAGAUCCAUGUGGAUGCCCAGUAGCAAGACAUCAUAAUGUACAUGGACGUUGGUUUUGGCAUCCAGCCAGACACCGAUCGGCAUUUGAGUUUGCUUCAAUCAGGACCAAUUUUUAUUCUUGCACGUCACAACUACAUGUAGCCAUAGCGGUAUCAAUCCUUACUUGCAUCUCAUUCCUCACGAAGUCUGCGGUUCUCUCUUUUCUUACACGGCAAACCCGCCAUUUUGUAAAUUGGAUGUUGAAAUUUAAAAAUAGCAAUUAUCUAUCCGGACCCACCCGCGUUGUUGGUAUGGUUUUCGCGCAGCGAGCGACUU